AUGGCGUCCCCCAUUAGCAGCACCAAGUCCUUUCUUGAUGCUGUGUUUAGCAAUUCUUGCUAUUUGCCGAUCCCCGAGGGAUGGGUCUCCCUGGGCCGCGUGGCCCCCGCCGAGAAGCUGAGCCUGACCUUCGCGCUCCGGCAGCGGAACGUGGGGCGGCUGAGAGAGCUGGUGCAGCGAGUGUCCUCGCCCGACUCGCCCGAAUACGGGCACUUCCUCUCACUGGCAGAGGUGCGGGCCCUUGUUGCCCCAUCUUCUCUGACUCUGGGCAGUGUGGACAAGUGGCUGGAGGCUCAUGGGGUCCGGGCCUGCCAGAGGAUCAGCACCAUGGACUUCCUGCAAUGCUCAGUGCCAGCCAGUACUGCCGAGCGCUUGCUCCCGGGGGCACAGUUCCACCGUUACGUGAACAAAGCUCGCAGCGUUGUGAGGUCCCCUCUGCCCUAUGCGCUUGACCAGGAGCUAGCAGAGCACGUGGAUUUUGUGGGGGGGCUGCACCGUUUCCCAGCCGAACGGAAGGUGGUGAGCCGGGCCUGGGCUGCGGAGCACUCGCCACCAGGACGGGGCGGGCAGUCCUCUUUUCACCUGGGCGUGACGCCGGCCGUGCUCCGCCAGCGAUACAACCUGACCCAUGCAGAUGUGGGCACCUUCUCCCACAGCAGCCAGGCCUGUGCCCAGUUCCUCGAACAGUACUUCCACCAGGCUGACCUGGCUGAAUUCAUGCAGCUCUUUGGGGGGAAGUUCCCCCACCACUCCCGGGUCGACCAGAUCAUUGGCCACCAGGGCUCUGGCCCGGCUGGCUUGGAGGCCAGCCUGGACGUGGAGUACCUCAUGAGCACAGGCGCCAACAUCUCCACCUGGGUCUUCAGUAAUGCAGGGCGCCACGAGAGCCAGGAGCCCUUCCUGGAGUGGCUGCUGCUGCUCAGCAACACCAGUGCACUGCCCUGGGUGCACUCGGUCAGCUACGGGGAUGACGAGGACAGCCUCUCCCGGGCCUACAUGCAGCGGGUGAACACCGAGUUCAUGAAGGCAGCCGCUCGCGGCGUCAGCAUCCUCUUUGCCUCAGGUGACUCUGGGGCAGGUUGCCGGGCAGUCUCUGGGGGGCAGCACGUCUUCCGACCCAGCUUCCCAGCCUCCAGCCCUUUUGUGACGACCGUUGGCGGGACGUCCUUCCAGCAGCCCUUCCUGGUGGGCGCUGAGGUUACAGACUACAUCAGCGGAGGCGGGUUCAGCAAUGUCUUCCCAAUGCCCGAUUACCAGGCGACAGCCGUGAAGCACUUCCUGAGCACAUCGCCCCAGCUGCCACCUGCCAGCUACUACAACAGCACAGGCAGAGCCUAUCCAGACUUGGCAGCCCUGUCGGACAACUACUGGGUGGUGACCAACCGCAUCCCCACGCCCUGGGUCUCGGGCACCUCUGCCUCCACUCCCGUGGUGGGGGGCAUCAUUGCCCUGAUCAACGACCGACGCCUCCUGAGGGGGCUCCCUCCCUUGGGCUUCCUCAAUCCUGCCCUCUACCGGCUCCAGGGAGGAGGGAACAGCACCGCCCUCUACGACGUGACCCAUGGAUGCCACCUGUCCUGUCUGGAUGCCGUCGUGCAAGGCCAGGGCUUCUGUGCUGCCCCUGCGUGGGACCCGGUCACAGGCUGGGGGACCCCUAACUUCCCAGACCUGCUGCAUGCCCUCCUGGGCUAGUGUGCCAUGGCGCUGGCCUUUCUGGCAGCCUGCUUUGCGAUCAGGAUGGGAGAGAAGGGGAUGGGGGGGGUUGGGUCUGGUGACUUGGAGGCUACAGUGGGGCAUGGGGGGCACUAUCCUGCCCCUGCCCCAGGGGGUUCCUCUUGUCCAAACGGGAACCGCAGCUGACACGAUCUUCUCUCAGGGGGAUCAAUCCCAAGAAAAUCAGCAGCCUCAGACUGGCGG